AUGGGGGAGCUCCGUCAAAGUAUCGCCGCCGGCGCCGCCAGUAGCACCAACAGUAGCGUGCAUCUUGACGGGGAACAGAUGCCAUCCCAGCAAUCUGCGUGCUGCAACUGUGACCGCAAAAUCAAUGGCGACGGUGUUCUCACGUCGCGACCUGCAACGGUUGAAACUCCCACGGGAGGAGACAGCAGGCACAAACUCUUUCUCGGCACAUUCAUUCACAGUACGUCGCUGGCGGAGCUGAAAUAUCGCCACAAGGCCGCCAUCUGUGUCUCGAAAGAGGGCACUAUCGUCGCGAUCGAAGAUGAAUGUAAUCAGGAGAGAGCCGAGGAGGUCCUAUUCCCUCGCCUUGGAUGGUCUGGAGAUGAGGUGGAAGUCUUUGCUGCGAGUGCGGGACAGUUCCUUUUCCCUGGCUUUAUAGAUACACACAUCCAUGCACCUCAGUACCCAAACUCCGGCAUCUUUGGUAAGUCGACACUGCUUGACUGGUUAACCACCUACACGUUCCCGCUCGAGGCAUCGCUGGCCGACCCCGCCAAGGCACGCCGGGUCUACGGCCGGUGCAUCAGCAAGACGCUGGCACAUGGCACGACUUGCGCUGCCUACUACGCCACCAUCGAUGUUCCGUCAACCAAUCUCCUCGCGGACCUGUGCAUGGCCGCCGGCCAGAGAGCUCUUGUCGGCAAGGUCUGCAUGGAUCAACUUAGCCCGGAUUGGUACCGCGAGGAGAGCGACGAAGUUAGCCUACAAGCAGCAAGGGACUCCAUCGCCCACAUCAGCAAGAUCGACCCAGAAUUUCAGACCGUUAAGCCAAUCAUAACGCCACGUUUCGCACCGAGCUGCUCGGUCGAGCUGUUGAGCGCGCUGGGCAGGCUGCACGCCGAGACAGGGUUGCCCGUACAGACGCACAUCAGCGAGAACAAGGGCGAAAUCGAGCUGGUGCGUGAGAUGUUUUGCGGGGGAGCCAAAGGCAGUAACUGCGAUGUUGUUGAAGAUGUCGGGGAGACUUAUGCCGGGGUCUAUGACCGGUACGGACUGCUGACGGACAAGACAAUCCUCGCGCACGCGAUCCACCUCUCCGAGGCCGAGGCGUCGCUGAUCUCCGAGAGAGGCUCCAAGGUCAGCCACUGUCCGUGCAGCAACAGCUCCAUCACUUCGGGCGCCGCCCGGGUCCGCUGGCUGCUGGACAAGGGUAUCGAGGUCGGGCUAGGCACCGACGUCAGUGGCGGGUACUCGCCGUCGAUCCUGGACGCGGCGCGUCAGGCACUGCUGGUGAGCCGGCAUGUGGCAUUGGCGGGGGCGGUCGGCGACCGUUGCGACGACUUGGCCAAGUUGUCGGUCGAGGAGGUGCUGCACCUGGCGACGCGGGGCGGGGCGGCCGUGGUAGGGCUGGCGGACCGCGUCGGCGCCUUCGAGGUCGGCUUCGACUGGGACGCGCAGCUCAUCGAGCUCGGCAGCGUCGGGGACGACGGCAUGCAGGAGGGCGCCGCGUCGGUCAGCGGCGAGGACAACCACCAGAGCAACGUUGACAUCUUUGGCUGGGAGACGUGGGAGGAGCGCAUUGCCAAGUGGCUAUUCAACGGGGACGACAGGAAUACAAAGAGGGUCUGGGUGCGCGGUAGGCUUGUGCAUUGGCGAAAGUGA